AUGCAGGGUUCGGAAAUCUAUUUGGCCAGAGUGAAGCCUGAGAUCGCCUUGGUGAACGAGAAGUCCGCAUGGGAGUUCUACGGCGAUGGCACCUGGCAUCGGGGCGACGUGGCGGCGGCGAAAGCCUUGAUCUCCUGGGGCAAUCGCACGGGCGUAACCACCAUGACCUACAUUGAGAAAGUCAAGAGAUACUUUGUGUGUGUUUCGACACCGAGCUACAGUCCAUUCACGGAGCGGCAAUUUGAUACAUACCUGCUGGAAAGUGAGCACAUCACGGGGCCCUUCAGAUAUAUUAGCUACUUGAGGGAGUUUGGGCCAGAGGCCUACUUCGUGAACAUUCCCAGCAAAUUUGUGGGUGACUUUGAUCCUAAGGACGGAACGUUGCGCCUUUUCCUCUCUUAUUCGGCAAAUUUUGCUUACAAGAAGACCUCCCCGAAACCACCUGGCAGCGGCUACCACUGGACCUUACAAGAAGCUUGGAAUGAGGUGUUUGUUUUUGUUCCGAAGCGCCAAGACGACGGCCAGGUGUGCCGGUGUGUAAGAGUUCAUGACGACUGUGACACGGUGGAAAUGACUGUUUGA